AAACAAAUUCAUUUCACAGAAAGAAGAACGACGAACAAACAGCAAAGAAGAAAGGACCAAAAAUUCGGAAAAAAAAAAUUCGAAAAGGUGUAAGAAAAUCAUGCAUUGUGCUGUAGCGCCACUAAGCCCGCCUAUAUUCACGUCGUCUCCGAGAAAAAUGUCGACAAUUUUCUGCAAGCCAGCGACUCCUCCUCCGUCGCCGUCGCCGUCUCCGUCGCUGUCUUCUCCGCCGUCGUUUGUGAUCAAGCAUAUAAGGAAGCCGUUGAAUGGAGGAGGAGAAGAAGAGGACGGAGGCGCGUCGAAGGCGCCGGCCGUAUUGAAGAGGAAAAGGCCGGCGAGGAUUGAUAUUCCGUCUGCGAGUUUAGGGUUUGACGAGAUUAAAAAUCCGUCUGAUUUGGAUAGGUCUACUGAGAUGGAGUUUGAGGGGAAAGGUUACUCGGUUUACUGUAAGAAAGGGAGAAGGGGAGGUGCCAUGGAGGAUCGGUACUCUGCUGUUUUAGGUUUUCAAGGGGAUUCCAAACAGGCCUUCUUUGGUGUAUUUGAUGGUCAUGGAGGAGAUGGGGCGGCAGAAUACGCAGCGAAGAAUUUAGCGAAGAAUGUCACGAAAGAAGUUUCGAAGACUAGUGAAGAGAUUGAAGAGGCGGUGAAAAGGGGUUACCUAAUCACGGACUCUGAGUUUCUGAAGCAAGAUAUCCAAGGGGGGACUUGUUGUGUGACAGCAUUGAUUCACAAGGGAGAUCUUUUCGUGUCCAAUGCUGGAGAUUGCCGUGCAGUUAUGAGCCGGAAAGGAGUUGCUGAGGUCAUUACUGUUGAUCAUAGGCCUUCACUUGUUGACGAAAGAGAGAGGAUCGAGAAAUCUGGUGGUUAUGUGGAUUGCUGCCGUGGUGUUUGGAGAGUGCACGGAUCUCUAGCUGUAACAAGAGCAAUUGGAGACCGUCAUCUUAAAGAAUGGGUGAUAGCUGAACCUGAAACUAAAGUGUACAAGAUUCGACCAGAAUGCGAGUUUUUAAUCCUAGCAUCUGAUGGACUCUGGGACAAUGUUAGCAAUCAGGAAGCAGUAGAUAUAGUCCGAUCUUCAUGUGUUGGUGUUGACAAGCCCGAAACAUUCUCAGCCUGCAAGAAACUCGUCGAUUUAUCACUGACAAGAGGAUCUCUAGACGACAUCAGCAUUAUGAUCAUCCAACUAACUCAAUUCAUUCAUCAGUGACUAUAAUAUGAGGAUUAACGUAAAACCGAGGAAAUUAUACUUUUUUAGCGGUGGAUUAGCAUCAAAGCCGGAGUUUUUUUAGCAUCUUAGUUAGCGACAGUGACUUGAACUAUAUGUAUUGAAAGAUUGUCUUUAGAAUUAUUAGUUUGUUUUGCUCUCUUGUUUAUGUUGGCCAUUUCGCUGCUGCAGUAACAAGAGGGAUUUAGCCAACAGCAAGAGAGAGAGAAAAGUGUAGAUUUACAUAUAGGCUUGUACAUUUUCAAUAUUCUAAGGUUCUAACUAAAUAGACUUUGUUUGGUUUAGGGUUAGUCAAAUAAUUGUUGAUCAGUAGCAGACAGAGAUCAACUUCAAUAAAAUCACAGUUUUUUCUAUUAUCUA